CCGGACGACGAGUCGAGAAGUCCGCCGCGCGUGUUCGCAUCGUCGACAUUAGUGUACCGUCCGGUUCAAAAACACGUCCGUCGUCGCCGGCGCUCAGUACGUCAGUCCACGCACAACGCGCGCGGUUAUGCGCCAGACAGAAUAAUACGUACAACGUACACACACACACACAUACACACGCGUCAGCAACACGAGUGUUAUAAUAAUAAUAAUAAUAAUAAUAAUAUUUUAAUAAUACGCGACACGAGUGCGCGCCGUUAACAAGUGUCGGACGUAACGAUAUAAACGACGAACAAAUAAAUAAAUUAGGUAUAUAUUUUAUCGCGAUGGUGGUUAAAUAGGUAACCGUACGUUAUUGUCGUCGUGAUCCGCGGUCGAACGUCAGUCUCGAGUGAAAGAGACACCGAACAGCCGGUAAUAUAUCCAUAAAUAACAAUAAUAAUAUUGUAAAAUAUUAUCGCGCCGGUUUUCGUCGUCGUGCGCCGUUCAUUCGCGUUUGCCGUCUGUUCGUGUCGUCUCCGGAAUUUUGGAUAUCGUUUCGCGUCACUGCAGUGUCUUAUCGUGUGAUGGUGCGUUAUCGGCGCGCGGACAAAGGUAGUGUUCCGGCGGCGCCGGCCGCCGUACGCCGGCCGCCGCGAUAGGUGCGCCGAUCCCGCAGUGAUGACGAUGUGCCGCCGGUAGGGUUGUCGCCAAGCACAAUAAUCGUACCAAUUAUAAUAAUAUCAUCACCGCCGACAACCGCGCGAGUACCGCCGAUAUCCGAGUGGUCGGCGUUCGUCUCCACAGCGAACCCCCUCCCCCAGAAACGAGCGUAGCGGUUACCGCCGCGCGAGCCGCCGAGGUGAUGCCCCAUGCGAGCGAAGACGGAGGCGCGGCCGGCGAGGACGCGUGCAGCUCGGACGAGCUGAUCGUGUUCAAGGACGAGGACGGCGGCGAAGACGUAGUCAAACGGUCUUCCGAUAAAGUCACCGAGGAGAAGUCUGACCUGAUCGACUUGUCAGAAUCUGAGAAAGUCAGUUCAAACCAUCGAUGCUCUCCUGUAAAAAACAGCAGUUCUACUCCUGAUCUCAACCGAAGUAAACCAGGCCCAACUCCCCACCCACCUGCUUUCAACAUGGGCUAUCUCGUUGCACCUUAUCCAUCGCCCUACACGAACGGCACCACGUCUGUGUCAAUGAUGAGUUCCUAUCUCGAAUCUCAAAGGGAUCCUUUAACCGCAAGCAAGAUCGGUUUAGGACCAGCCCAUCCGUUCUUUUGCCACAACGGCGAGCAGCUGGGUACCCAACCACCACCCGCCCAUAUGGGCAUACCUCCUUACCAACUUGACAAAGCACCCGGACUUCCGAGGCCUUCUAUGUACCCAUUCCCCACAGGCCAGUACCCUUAUCCGUUAUUAAGUCCGGACAUGUCUCAAGUUGCAGCCACAUGGCACACGCCGGCUAGUAUGUACCAUCAGAUCUCAUCGGCUGGAACUGGUUUCAGAGGAUCCUACCCACCUUCUUUAGGAACAAGCCUUACUAGUGAGCUGUAUAGGUUUUCACCGACGGGACUGAUGAGUGGUCCAUCACCCCAUCACCAUUUAUCCCAUCAUACCCAUCAUUCUCAUCCUGCGAUUGUAACUCCAGGAGUGAGACAAGACCUGCAUACGGAUUCUAAUCACAGGCCGCAAAACGACCAUAGUAAAAAUUCUUCGUGUUCAGACGGCUCCAAGCACCACGAUACUGUCCAAAACAGUAAUAACCAAGAUAAGAAGAAGCCUCACAUAAAGAAACCUCUGAAUGCGUUCAUGUUGUACAUGAAAGAAAUGAGGGCAAAGGUGGUGGCGGAGUGUACGCUCAAAGAGAGUGCAGCGAUCAACCAGAUAUUAGGGCGACGGUGGCACUCUCUGUCGCGAGACGAGCAGGCCAAGUACUACGAGAAAGCGCGCCAGGAACGACAACUCCAUAUGGAACUGUAUCCUGGUUGGAGCGCUCGGGAUAACUAUGGAUACGGCGCCAAGAAGAAGAAACGGAAGAAAGAGCGCGUACCGGUCAUAGAUGCUGGCUCAGGAGGUAAUAACAGCAUGAAAAAAUGCCGUGCAAGAUACGGACUCGACCAGCAAAGCCAAUGGUGUAAACCUUGCAGGCGCAAAAAACGUUGCAUACGGUACAUCGAGAGCGGCGGCGACUCGGGCAACCAGUCGGACGACAACCAAUCGACGGGCAGCCUGGGCCACUCGGACAACGAGGAGGCCGACUCGGCGUCCAGCCCCGGCGGCCUGAGCGCCCUGUCCAGCCUGACCAGCCCGGGCAUGCUGACGCAGGCCAGCCUUUCCCCGGCCACGCCCUCACCGCCGCACGUGUCCGAGUACGAGUGCCCGCCGAUGGCGGUGCGUAUGCCGUUGGCGGUGGUGGUGCCCACCAGACACCAUCAGCCGGUCGGCACCAACCCGCACGACAUCAACAACCCGCUCAGCGUCAACCAGCUGACGGGCGGCGUCGUCAACAACAAGUGCCAUAACAACACCAGGGAUCAGCAGCAGCAGCAUCAGCACCAGCAGCAGAACGAUCUGAAAACCGUACCCAACCCGAACAACCAGCCCGAACAACAACGACCCAACAACAGCAACCGGACGCUGCCCGCCAUCAGCGUGACGUAGCGAAGACAUGAUAAUAAUAAUAAUCGUAACAAAAAUAAUAAUUGUAAUAAUAUUGUGUUGUUGUUACGUAGUUCUACAUGAUAUUAUAUAUGAUGUUUAUUAUUAUUAUUAUUAUUAUUAUCGACCCACCCGCUCAAUUUAUCGUAUAGUUUUUUUUUUUUUUUUUUGUUAUUCUCCGCGCAAUACGAACGAAGUAUAUAUAUGUAUAUAUAUCAUAUUAUUACAUUAUAAUAUAACGUUAUGUCGAUGUAUUUGCGAACGUAACUACGUACCUACCGCGAUAACACGAUAUCAUCGGCGGCGGGACGCGUGUUGUGCGAUCGGCGACGAUCGUUUUGGUCGUACAGAGGCAAAUUAAGCGGAAAAAAAAAUCACUACACACGGGACGUCGGACGCUCGCGGUUCGCCGCUGGACUUUACCUACUUACACUUGACCGACCGUAUAAUUAAAUCCGUUCGAAACGAGAUAAUGUUAAAAUUAUUAUGAUUAUUAUUAUUAUUGAUAUUAUUUUAUUGCCAUUUCGAGAAUCUUUACAUAUAGAAUCCCUUUGUGUACCUCAAAGACUAAACGCAAUUGUUUUUUUUUUUUAAUUUUUAAUUAGUUCUUAAUCAUGUUGUGUGUGUAUAAUUGUUCAUGAUGAUAAUAAUAUAAACGACGUUUGUUUGCCGCUAAAAAAUCGAAAAAAAAAUACAAAAAUGCCCCCACCCACGCGAAAAAAAAAACGAAUACACAAUGCUUCGUGGUUGUCGUUGUUGUUAUUAUUAUUAUUAUUAUUAUUCACUUGGGCGACGAUCAAAGCAAAACGACGUUUCGAACAAUAAUAUUGUUAUUUCGCACGAUUUUUUCAUGAUACAUCGUAAUAAUAAUAAUGACGAUAAUAAUAUGACGCGAUGUAUAACACAAUAAGCAUAUAAUGAUACUUUAACCGACGGUUCGUUCGUAUUUAUUGUACUCGUAUAUAUAGGGCUGUAUUAGUAUGAUUGGACAUAGUGAGACGAUGCGUUUUGUUGUAUUUUCGUGGUCCAUAUUUUCCAAAAAUUAUUAUCUCCAAUCGAUGUGCAAAUAUAUUACCCUUUGCCGCCGAAAUCACUUGUUAUUUUUUAAUAUGUUCCUAUAUUUUACUUACAUGCAUUGUGUUAACGUUCAUGAAUAUUACCGUAGGUACCAAUCAAAUAUGUAUAAUCUGUAUGUAUUAUAUAAUCAUAUCCGAUACACUACACAGCCCUAUAUUAUUGUGUUUCUACCUCCUUUAUUGAUUGUGCCAGUUAUGAAAACUAAUAAUUUGUAAAAAUUAAAAUGAAGUUACGAAUGAAUCAUUAAAUUCGUCGUACCUUCAAGAAUACUCUUGAUAUUUUAGCGAGUAGAGAUGUAAUUCAGAUAAUUUGGAAAAAUUGUACUUAUAGAUUUUUUUUUAAAGUUAUUUAUAUGUAAUUUAAAAAUAUGUAUGUAUAUAUAUAUAUGUCUGUGUGUGUGCAUAUAAUUGUAUGUGUAUGUAUUACAUAUAUAUAUAUAUUAUUAUUAUUAUUAUAUUUUAUUAUUUUUUUUUAUUUUUUUUUUUUUUGGCAAAACGCUAGUCAUUUUUGCCAGAUUUAUUAACGUACAGAACCCACUUAUAAACAUUAUUGUUUCAAAUUUCAAAUGAGACUGAAGACAGUUAAGAUAAUUUGAUUUCAGAUUUAAAUUUUAAUGUAUAUGUUUUAAUACAUGUGUUUUUUUUAAAUUUAUGUGCCAAAUUUUCAUAAUUUUAUUUUUUCGCCAUAAAGUAUAUGAUUUGUAAAUGUUUUAAUAAUACAAAAAUAUUAUGCACAUUCCAAAAUUGUCUACCAUAUAGAAAUAUCGUUAAGUUUUUUUUAUUUUAAUUUACUGUGAAUUUAAAAAACAAACUGGGACUGUUACUGUUGCUAAUAUUAUUUUGUAAUAUUUAAUAACUAUCUAGGUACAUAAAAUAUAUAUAUAUACAUUGUAAUAAGUUAUGAUGUCUAUAAAUUGUUUUUAUACUUAAUUUUAUUUAAAAUGAAAAAAAUGUGCAAUUUGUUUUAUAUAAUUUUAUUUGUUUUCAUGUCUUGAGUUUUAUCCCUCCAAAAAUGUUCAUUUCAACAAUUUUGUACAUCUUUUUUUGUUGUUUUACCGUCUAUUUUACUAUAAGUGUUUUAGCAACUUGAUAAAAAUAUUCUGUUGAUUCUAAUUUCCUCUGUAAUAUAUAGAUAAAAACAUUUUAUGUAUAAA